AUGUCCGUAUAUUUACAAGGAGGCGUCUUCAGAGCUUUGGCAAUCAAUAUUUUGCAUGGCAAGGAUAUAGGAAAUGUGAAUCUUGCUUAUAAUAUCUUGAAAAAUCUCGAGGACGAUAUCAUCAGGGAUAAAGAAAUUCCAGAGCUAGACCAAUCUGUGAACAUCUAUAUCACAGGAUAUACAUUGAGAAAAGCUUCUAAUGAUCAUGCCGAAUACAUACCCAUUCCUGAUUAUAGAAAGAAUAUUAAUAUCAUAGAACCAUUUCCUACAAAUCAAAAGUCGCCAUCAUCCCAAUUGGGUGAAAUUUCAGCCUUAUCCAACAGGAUGAGUGAAAGCUUUAUUCUAUCUUCACCAAUCUUACGGAUG